GUGAAUAUAGGAGAAAGAAAUUAACGAGGAAGGAAGGAAACCGUGGAGAUGGGACCACACAAGAAAUGAAAUCCAUUGGGGAUAAAGAAGCUAACCAAUUAAAACACUUUUACAAGAUUAGCUUCAAAAGUCGACCAAUCAAAAUCGAGAUAAGACUUCAAGGUGGGUCCCAAUUGAAGACAUAACCACCUAAAAAGCGCAUAAAGAGAUCCUCUGACACAAGAGAACACACUUUCAUGCGGGACAUAGACAUCUCAAUCUCAAACAACCAAUAUUCUAGUACCUCUAAAGUCAAGGCCCUCGUGCUCUCUCUCCUUGUUGAUUUUUUUUUUUUUCAUUUGGUUAUUAAUAUGAAAAGUUUAGCGAAUUGUGUUAGAGCUAAGACGGCGAGGACCUGUGACAACUGCUUGAAGAAGCAGGCGCAUUGGUUCUGCGCCGCGGACGAGGCUUUUCUUUGCCAAUCAUGCGACACUUCGGUCCACUCAGCGAAUCUUCUCGCUCGCCGGCACGAGAGAGUUCGUUUGAAAGAUAGUACCUCUCCUCAGCAAGAAGCUCCAACGUGGUAUCGCGGGUUCACUCGUAAACCUAGGACUCCACGUGGAUCUGGCAAGAGGAACAAUUCGUCGACUUUUCAAGAUAUGGUGCCGGAGAUUAGUGCGGAGGGUCAGACAGACAGCUCUGAGGUUGAAGGGCCGCUGAUCUGUCAAGUGCCGGUUCUUGGUCCAAUGGUGGUUGAGCCGAAGAUCAAGUUUCCUACGAUGAGAAGUGGUGUAAUGAUCGAUGGUCAUGAGGACGAAGACAAGGAUGAGAGUUGUCUAAAUGGGAUUUUCCCAACCAACAUGGAGGUUGAGGACUUCGCUGCUGACGUUGAGACACUACUCGGUCACGGGUUAGACAAAGAGUCUUAUACAAUGGAGGAACUAGGAUUAUCUAAUACAGAAAUGUUUAAAAAAGACGAGAUAGAGGACAAAGAAACAAAAGCCAUGAACAUGGACAUAGAAAUAGGCGAUGAUGAUCAGGGCAACCGGGAUGGAACGUUGCCGUUUGAUCUGAACUAUCCACAAAACGCAUACGAAGAAGAUGCAAUAAAGAAUGUUGAAAGUAGUGGUGAAUGUGUUCAGGCGAAGGAGGAGAAGAAAAAGAAUGUUCUAAUGUUGAGUUUAGACUACGACCAGGUGAUAUCAGCUUGGGGAGGUCAAGGUCUACCGUGGACAUCAGGAGGGCCACCAGAGUUAGACAUAAACAUCAGCGGUUCACCGGUUGUUUCCAAGGUUUCCAAGAGGGACAAUGGAAGAAAAAGUCGUAAGAAGCGUCGCGUUGGUGGAUGUUUACCCUCAAGUGUGGUUGGGGAUGGAGGAAGAGAAGCUAGUGUUUCGAGGUACAGAGAAAAGAAGAAAACGAGAUCGUUUACGAAGACGAUAAGGUACGAGGUACGUAAAUUGAAUGCAGAGAAUAAACCUCGCAUGAAAGGAAGAUUCGUUAAGAGAACUCCGCUUGCUGCUUCUGCUGGAAAUUCACCAUUAGGUGUGAAUAACUGAAUAUUCUUGUAAUAUCUCAAUUUACCUUUUCCGGAAUUUUUUUUAAAAUUUUUGUGAACUUCAUUCUUCUGCAACAGAACCCUUUUUGCACUUAGUUGUGCUUUAUUACAAGAAAACCAGUAAUGUGAGUUUCUUGUAUGGGAUAUAGCUGAUUUAUAUAUUAUCUGGUAAAAUGUGAAAAAGCUUUUUGAUUGUUAAAA